AUGGCUGAAAAUGACAAUCUCACUGGUAAUCUGCUUGAAUUUCACCGUAGUAGUCCCCUAAAGGAAUUGUCAACAUGGGGGAUAAGUUUCUCCGGAAUUGUACCCGAUUCAACAUGUAACCUUGAAUCCAUAAGUUUUUUGGAUUUAUCAGGAUGCAAUUUUUCUGGGAUGCUUCCAGCUUCGCUCGGUAGUGUGACCAAACUCACUGUUUUGGACCUUGGUUCGAACCAAUUUUGGGGGCAAAUUCCUACAUCGCUGGGAAACCUAUCACAACUAACUUUCUUAGACCUUCGUGAAAAUAAUUUUGAUGUACCAACUUUACCUUUGACACUUGGUAAGCUAUCCAAACUCACUAGAUUAUACCUUAACUCUCAGACAAUCAACUACAAGGGCAUGAUUCCAAGCUCAAUAUCUCAACUCAAGUAUCUUGAAGAUCUUAAUUUUGCUGGAAACAACUUGGGUGGUAAAGUCGAGCUCGACAUUUUUUUGAAGCACCGAAACAUUCUUCACCUUGAUUUGUCAGCCAACAAAUUAACGGUGCUUACCAAAAAUAGUACCAAUGCUACUAUUCCGAAGUUUAAUAUCCUAGGAUUGGCAUCGUGUAACUUGAAGAAGUUCCCCAAUUUCCUACAGUUCCAGGAUGAAUUAGAGAUGUUCUCUUUUAGUGAUAACAAAAUUCAUGGUGAAAUACCAACUUGGUUUUGGAACAAAUCGAAAGAAACUAUGGUAAUGGUCGACCUUUUGCAGAAUUUUCUGACAGGUUUUGAACAGCAUCCAGAUGUCAUUCCAUGGUGGUCACUAAUAUCUUUAGACCUCAGCUUUAAUAUAUUGCAAGGAUCACUACCAAUUCCACCACCGUCCAUCCAUGUUUAUCAGUGCUUCUCUGUUAGUGCUCAAUCUAAGUCUCAACAAUUUUCACGGCACUAUUCCUCACAUGAUGGGAUCAACUUGAAGAUGAUUGAUCUAAGUCAAAAUCAUUUACAUGGGUUGGUGUCAAGAUCAUUGGAAAAUUGUACAUUGCUUGAGAUUCUUGUUCUUGGAAAUAAUCAGAUGAAGGAUACUUUUCCCUCUUGGUUGGGAGCACUUCCUAUGUUACAAGUUCUUAUUUUGUGA